AUGAAGUUCACCAUCUCCGCUGUCCUGGCCCUCGCUGCCUCCGCCACUGCCAUGUCUCUCACCGAGUCCUCCGCCCUCGGUGGUGCUAAGGCCCAGUGCGCCAGCGGCGACAUUGCCUGCUGUGACUCCAAGGAGAAUGUCUCCGGCGACGGUAUUCUCGGCAACCUCCUCGCCAAGGGUGCCCUGAACGGUCUCCUCGGCAACGACGACGCUGCCUGUGCUAAGACCAGCGCUCUCGACGACCUCAACGUCCUUUCCCAAACCAAGGACACCAACGAGGGUCCCUCUUGCAAGAACAUCAUUGCCUGCUGCCCCUCCGGCAAAGGCAAGUGCACUGCCAUCGACAACUAG